AUGGAGGGUGAAAGAGAGGAAGAUAAUGUGUCAGUAGAGAUAUCGACGGAGUAUCAAUGGAAACCUAUAAGAUGUGGAAAAUGUGAAGUAUUUGGGCACAUAUGUCCUAGAGAUACUGUGAUUGUUGAGAAUCAUCCUGUUGGUAUUGGAGAGGAGUUAGCAAAUUUUGCUGCCAAUGAACUUGCAUUAAUUCCCACGAGUGCAGAUGAAGGUCAAGCUUCGCAAAGUGAUAAAGGGAAAGCUAGGGUUGGAGAAAAUCAUCCUAGAGGAGCAGACGGAUGUCAAAAUAUUGCAUUACUAGGGGCGUUGGGGGUAGCUCCAUCAAAUCCCCGAACCAGUUUGCAUUUCUAG